CCCCUUCAAUGUCCUUCCUCUUUACUUUCUUUUUGUAACCCAUAGAAUAAAAAACCCUUGAAAGGGUAAUAAGUUUAACUUUUUCAUUUCUCAUUUCUUUAUUUCUUUUUCUUUUCUUUAUUUCCUUCUUUCUUCCUCCAAAUACAAAGCCAUGUCGACGGUCCCAACCGUCCAACGCUCGCCUCAAAAGAGUCGGUCUGACCAAGCUUUUACCCAGAACACGCGCCAGAACCUGUCCUCUACAUCUCCAACAAAUGCGUCCCAAGAUGAUCCCAUGAAGAUGUUCAAAAUCCUCGAAGCAUUGCAGAAAGGCGACUUGAAUUCACUCUCUGUGCUCUUACCCACCUACAAGACUGGACCGACCUUUCACAACCCCAGCGCCUCAAUCUCCAGCACUCAUUCAUUCGAGAGUGCAUCUCAAGGAAGUCAGACCACACCUGUUCACCUUGCAGUUCAAUGUGCACAAUACCCAGUCGUAGAAUAUGUCGUCAACACUACACCUCAAAUAGAUCUUAAUGCUAGAGAUAGUCAUGGCUCAACCGCCCUUCAUAUCGCAUCCAGUAUGGGCCGUCUUGAUGUAGUCAAACUAUUGCUUUCGAAGGCUGAGGUGAACGACGGUAUCUUGGACUAUAAGGGCAAGAGUGCUCUCGAUGUAGCCUCCAUAGUUGAAGUGCGCGUUGUCCUCAAAGCCCAUCGAACUGAAUACCUUUCAAAGACGACAGCACUCAUGCACCAAUAUGCAGAAGCAGGAGAUUUGACUAGUUUGAAAGGGCUUUUUGAUCAUCCUCGUGCUGCGUUUGUACUCAACAUCAGUCACCAAGACACCGAGACAGGAUCAACCAUAUUACAUUCUGCCAGUCGGCGAAAGGAUAUGGCUAUGGUGCAAUGGUGUCUGGAUCAAGGGAUUGAUACACUUCUUCGAGACAAGAAAGGAAAAACUGCUGCCGAUGUUACCAAGGAUACAAAAAUUAAGAAUCUAUUACGAGAUUCUCGUUCCCAAGCAUCCACUGCACCUAUAGUUCCAACCACACCUGGGCAACCACCUAAACUUGAGGGAACACUCUUCAAAUGGACCAACUACGCUUCAGGAUAUAAAGCGAGGUGGUUCGUACUUGAGGAUGGUAUCCUAUCAUAUUUUCACAACCAGGAAGACGCUGGAAAUGCAUGUAGAGGAAGUAUCAACUUGAGAAUCGCCAAGGUCGAUAUCGAUUCGAAUGACAAGCAGCGAUUUGACAUCGUUGGCAAAGGCUCCGUUCGAUAUCAUCUCAAAGCAGGUCACGCUCAAGAGGCUCAGCGUUGGAUCCUUGCACUGAACCAAUCAAAACAGUGGAUAGAAGAGACCUCGGGAACCAAUGAUCGCAUGUCAUUCAUGGAACCUCGCCAGAGCUUGAGCCUUUCAGGUACCGAUCUUUCUCGACAAAGAGACUCGAUGUUGGCUCGUGGACGAACCGUUGUUCGGGAAGGGAAAUCUUUGGCUCGUUCACAACGAUCCCGCUCUUCUUCUGCCAGCCCAGAUGAGGCUGCUGUCGAGGACAGUGUUGUUCCACAUGCAGAAUCGUUUAUCACAACAAAUAACUAUGUACAGUCUCAGAUCCAGAUUCACACCGAGUUUGCAGAGAACCUGAUCCGACUCCAGAGAGCUGCAGAAGUCCCAGAGGACUCUGAAAUCAUGAAGCUGACCUUGGCCACCCAUGAAUCAUCACUUGCCAUCAAGAACUCGCUUCAAAAACUCCAGGCCAUGACCAAGGAUCGUGAGGAUUAUUGGAAGCGAAUUCUACAACAAGAGUCACAAAAACGUGAGCUUUGGGAAGAAAAUUUAAGGAUUCUCUCUGAGGAGCAACUGCAGAUGCAGGAUCUCUUGAAACGCACAGAAGAAUCUAAGCGAAAGUUGAAGAAGGGUCGACCAGCUCGUUCCAAGGCCAGCACGCCCACCUUGACCACCACUGCCGUAAUGGCAACUUCCGAAAAUCCAACAGAAGGAGCCACGGCCCAUCCAGCAUUAGAUAUGUCCAAGGUUGGGGCUGAAAAAGAGGCUAAGGAUGACAUUGACUCUGAUGAGUCUAGUGAGUCUGAUGCAGAGUCUGGAGAUGAGUUUUUCGAUGCUGUGGACGACGAUGACAUUGUGGAGCUUGAAGAUGAUGAAGUGCAGAAUGAAAAAGAGACGGAGGGGCAUCAGGAAAUAGAGAAGAAGGAAGAAGUUGGGCAGAAAGAAGGUGCUGUAGCGGCAGGAACAGGAGAAACUGAUCAUGAAGCCACCUCUACCAAGCCGGGAGAGCCCUACGUUGCGCCUUCCUUCAAGGGAUAUCCAGCAAAGGUCCGCGAUCGCCUUCCUACAAAGCAAACGUCGCUGCGUCCGGAUGUGUCCCUUUGGGCCAUUUUAAAGAACUCGAUUGGAAAAGAUCUCUCCAAAAUCACGCUGCCAGUCUACUUUAAUGAGCCAACAUCCAUGUUACAGCGCAUGGCCGAAGACGCCGAGUAUAUUGAGCUUCUUGACAAGGCUGUACGACACCGUGGGGCGACGGAGCGUAUUCUAUUUAUUGCAGCAUUCGCUAUGAGCAACUACUCCAGUACGAUCGGCAGAGUUGCCAAACCAUUCAACCCUCUUUUAGGCGAGACGUACGAGUAUUGUCGUGAGGACAAGCAAUUUCGCUACAUUUCCGAGCAGGUGUCACACCAUCCACCUAUCAGCGCAUGCUACUGCGAGUCACCUAAUUAUAACUUUUACGCCGAGGUUGAUGUAAAGUCGAAGUUCUGGGGCAAGUCCUUUGAAGUGCUCCCCAAGGGAACUUCGAACGUUGAGCUCAAAGUCCCUAAAGCCUUUGCGGAGGGAUCAGAAGAACUUUUGACUGAUCCGAAUGACGAAAACAAGUUUAUUGAACGUUAUUCCUGGAGGAAGGUGACAACCUGUGUGCAAAAUUUGAUUGUGGGUACACCUUGGAUUGAUAACUAUGGUGAUAUGAUUAUUACAAACCAUCGUACAGGAGAGAAAUGUCAGCUGACGUUCAAGCCUCGUGGUUGGAGAGGCAAAGAUGCUUACGAGAUCAGAGGAUUCGCUUUGGAUGCCAAGGGUAACGAGGUCUGGGAAGUAGCAGGUCGAUGGAACGAACGUCUGGUGGCACGUCGCGCUGGCAAGGGCAAUGGCGAAGACUUGGGGAGCGAUGCUGUCGCUGCUGGCGCUGUCCAUGUGGCAGAGGAUGACCAUGGUGAAUUAGCUCAAUCAGGAGCAUCCCAUCACGCAAAAGCAAGAUCAGGAGGCGGAUCAACCUAUGCUGCUUCGCUUUCACCCAAGCAGGUGCUCUUGUUGUGGAAGCGUGACCCUGUUCCUUCUACCCCAACACCAUUCAACCUUACACCUUUUGCUAUGACCCUGAAUGACUGUCCGGACUCACUCAAGAAACAUCUCUGUCCCACAGAUUCACGUUUGAGACCCGAUCAACGAGCGAUGGAGAAUGGAGAGUUUGAUCUAGCAAAUACAGAAAAGCAGCGUUUGGAAGAAAAGCAACGUGCCAAGCGCAGGAUGCUUCCUCCUGGGAAAGAGCAUCAACCCCGUUGGUUCAAGCGUAAUGGCCAGGAUGAUGGAUGGGAAUUUAUUGGACGUGAUCUCCCUGGAGAACCCAAGGGCAGUGGCAACCUCAGGGAUGGACGUGCUGGCUAUUGGGAGGAGCGUGAGAGAUGCGCACCGACGAAGGAUCGCCCCGAGCAGCUCAAGUGGGAUAUAGAAGAUGACGAUAUUUUUUAAAUAAUUAGUCCAUGUAAUAGAAUGAUUACCAUUGGCAUGUAGUUAAUAAAACCUUCUUCC